CUUGCUGUCCCUUGAAUGUGUCUUUAUUGCUGUUCAGUUUAUUUUCUAUGUUUUGAUGAAAGUAAAUAAAGCUACAAGAAGUGUCACUUCGCUCAUCUUGAUUGAGUCACUUUAGAGAAUCCAACCGACAUGAAAGGAGGGAUGAGGAAGUGACACGUUGCUGUUUAGAGGAAGUUGAUAAAACAUUUGUCUUUAAGAAGCAUUUAGUUCAGAGACUUUCAAUAAGAAGAAGCAGAGAGAGACGGAGAGACACGAUGGCUGAAUGCAGAUGGACUAAAACCUCUUUAUUUCUGAUUCUGCUGCUUCAGUUUACAGCGGCAGCAACAGGACCAUAUGUGAGCUUCUCCACAGUCAGAGUUGGAGAUGAAGUCACUUUGCCUUGUCACAUACCCAGUCAGACUUGUGACAGUCUUAAGUGGAUCUUCACUGAUUCAAGACGCACAGCAACUGUAGAUCUGGUUCGUGAUGGGAGGAUUGUUGAAAAAGCCAAAGCUAAAUCAGACCGACUGAGUGUCACAGAGAACUGUUCUCUGGUUAUAAAGAAGGUCACAGAGGAGGAUGCUGGUCAUUAUGGAUGUGAACAGUUUAGAUCACAACAACUAGCUCCAGACACUGUUGUUAUUCUGUCUGUUGUUACCAUGACUGAACAUCAGGACAGUGAUGAGGUGACGUUACGCUGCUCUGUGUCCACAUAUGGACCAUGUUCACACACAGUGAAGUGGCUGUUUAAGAGUCAUGAUGUGGAUAAAGAUAACCCAGAUAUGAGGACAUCCCAGUCUCCCUGCUGCUCCUCUGUUACCUUUCCUACUUCUCAUUUUAGUUACACAUCAAGGUAUCAGCUCUUUAGGUGUGAAGUGACUGAAGGAGACAAAGUGCAGGAGUUUCCCUUCAGCCCUCAGUCCUCAGGUGGCGACACAAUUAAAACAAAACCAACAACCACUGAAAGCGACGUUACAUCAGGAACAAAUGAUGCUUCACCAAAACCACAAGGUUCAUGGAGGUCCAUCUUUGGGCCCGUGGGUUUAGCAGCUCUCAUAAUAAUAGUUGUGGCGGUCAACAUGUGGACGAGAGCUAAAGAGAAGAAAACACAGACGGAGGACAUCGCUGUGCGUUAUGACGUAGAUGAUGAUACAGUGAACUAUGAGAACAUCAGAUCUCCUGAUGGAGUCUGACCAACACUUCUGCCUCCAUCAGCCUCCACCCAUCAACUCCUCACCUUUUACUGGACCAGUUCAACACUGUCAAUAACAAAAAGAAUCAUUAAGCCUUAUUUUAUUUUAGUCUGAUGUAUUUCCUGCAUCGACUGUAAAAACCUUUUCUCAUCUGCAGCCAGUUGAGAACAGCAGCUGGAUUUGAACUUCAUUUAACUCUUGGUAACUUCCUGAAAUAGUCUUCCAGCUGCAGAUUUCACAGCUGAUUUUAAGAUGUAAGACGCUUGUUGUUAAAACUCCAGCAGCUUGAGCUCAGUUUGAUGUCUCUGUGUGCAGAAUAACUCAUUUUAAUCCGCUUUCAUUUAAGUCAGUCACAGUCUUCUCUGUAUCUCAUGUGAUGACAACAUUGUAGUGAACUAGAGAGGUGAAUGUUGCAGGCUGCAUGGUAGGUAGGCUGAAACCAGGAGACCGUGCACCGGGCUGCUGAACCAGACCGACUGGAACCGAGCAACCGUUUCUAGUCUACAUGGAAUCAAACGGGUGUCUUACUGCUCGUGCACCUUAGAUGAUUGUGUACAUAGAAAUUCAUAAGCUACAUUAUGGAUGGAUAUCACAUACCAACCCGGUCUCACGCCAGUUUGUGAAACGGUCUCGUAAUUUAGAUUUAUUAUUUUGUGUCCAUGUCACAAUUUUCGAAUGUGACUAUUUCACAAACUGCUGUGACGCUGGGCUGCUCUGGGGGACGCGACAACGGGGAAAUCAAACGCCACGCGUGGGACGGUGACAACAACGGGACGUAGUGGUUAGGAAAAAAAUAAACGGGUAAAGGAACGGCAACACGUGGGACACGAUGCCUGGUCUCCGGGGAGAAAGUCCAGUGUUGUUUGACCCAUCCACCCCCCUGACCAGUCUCCCUGCACAGAUUUUCGGCGUUUCAAUACUAUUCGCUACUGUAAUCAUGCUGUUAUCACAAAAUAGGCUUUCCAUUGCAAUACAUUACUUUAAAAUUCAUUACCAACACAUGAAAAUGACGACAUUAACGUGAUCUGUGGACGAAUCAGGUAGGCAGUCAGGAGGAGACCGUGCACCAGGCUACUGAACUAGACCCUAACCCUGCCUAAUGCAUGAGUCUCUGUAACCAAAGGGGAGUCUAGGUCCUCAAAGGUUUGAGUUAUCAACUGAUCCCAGACCCGUCUCCGCGCUAUCCACAAAGGAACUGUUAACUUAUGAAUUAUACAUUGUUAAAUAACAGGGCUGUAUUUUUCUACAUUAGCGUUGGCUAACUCAAAGUUUAUUAAAAUAUAAUCUGCUAAUAAAUGUUCACCACUUCAUUCUA